CAACAGCCACAGCUGCCAACACUACAACCACAGCUGCCAAAACCACAACCACAGCUGCCAACACUAUCACCACAGCUGCCAACACUACAACCACAGCUGCCCCCACAACAGCCACAGCUGCCAUCACUACAACUGGAAUUGCAACAACAACAGCCACAGCUGCCAACACUACAACCACAGCUGUCCCCCAACAGCCACAGCUGCCAACACUACAACCACAGCUGCCAAAACCACAACCAUAGCUGCCGACACAACAACCACAGCUGCCCACACAAUAACCACAGCUACCAAUACCACAACCACAGCUGCCAACAACUAACAACCACAGCUGCCCCACAACAACCACAGCCUCUCCAACUACAACGCCCUCGCCUCCAGUUGUUUUGAUACUGGUAUUCAGCUCAGAUGAGGUUUUCAGUCCUGCUCUGAAAAUACCUCCUCACCAUUGUUCCAGAGUCUGGUAACUAAGACAAUUAAAGCGCUUGAGCCUCUGUUUAAGGCACRUUUCCCAAACUUCAUAAGAAUGAUUGUGGUGGGUUUCAGGCAAGGUUCCAUCAUCACAGACACCCAGCUGGAGUUUGCUGCCGCUAACACAACUGCUAAUGCUACCACACCUUUUGCUGAUGCAGUGGCUACUACUCUGAAGGCUGCGAUCACCAAUGGAAGUUUGAGCAUUAACAUCUCAGCCAAUUUCAAUAUUACUGUCCUAGCUAAUCCAACCACCGCAGCUCCCACAACAACCACAGCUGCCCCAUUAACUACCACAGCUGCUCCCAAAACCACCACAAGCGCACAAACAACAACCACAGGUGCACCAACAACAACUACAGCUGCCCUACAAACAACCACAGCUGCCGUUGCCCCGACAACCACCGCAGCCCCAAACGUUUUGCUUCUAGUGUUCAGUUCAGAUGAGAUCUUUACCCCUACUCUCUCAAACAACACCUCACAAGCCUUCCGGGAUCGGGCUACUACUAUAAAAAACGCGAUUGAGCCCUUCUAUCGCAAAGUCUUUAGAAGUUUCAUUCAGCUUGUUGUGUUGCGUUUCAGACGUGGUUCCAUCAUCACAGACUGCAGAAUGGAGUUUGGACUUACUGGUAACGGGACUGCACCCACUGCUAAUUUGGUGAAAGAUGUUCUGGUGGCUGCAGUCAACAGCGGGACUAUAGGUAUCCGUGUCAAUGCCAGCUCCAUCGUUGUCAGCGUUCUAAGCUCAUCCAUGUCGCCGGUGGUGAACAGUGUGUUUUCCUCUUUUGGAAUGACGCUGGUUUUCCUGCUGCUGUCUGCUGCAAUGCAUAGACUUUAAGACCAGGACAAACCAACUCAUUUGCAACCCUGCACGUGACUACACAUGUAACUCUUUUUUUAAAUCACAUAGUCCUCUUUUUCCAGUGAACUUUGUCUAUAGCAUAUGCAUAUUAGGAUCCAGCCAUCAGCUGUUGUAUGUGAAGUCACCACAUCAAAGAGAAAAGAGCUCUAUCAUUCAAAUGAAAUGAAAUGAGUUUAAUCCUAGAUGCUCUUUAACGUAAUGUUAAACCUAUUGUACAGGAAUGGAUGCUUAAGUAGACUUCAUUUGUUUGGUUAUAGCCCAUAGUAAUAUGAUGUAGAGCACAUUUUAUAAUACAUUGAGUGUAUUUAUAAAGUAAACCUUUUUAGUGGAUUUAAUUUCAAUAUGGACUUAAUGAAGGCAGGGCAAACAUCACUAUUGUGAGAAUAUGUCUGCGUUAAUACAAUUAGCCGUUGUGUUUACUGUUGAUUUGAUUAAAAUAAAAAGGAAACUUUGGAAGAAC